CACAGGGUAAGAUAUGCUCUACCUAAGCAUAUCCAUUUUAUCAUACACAUCGUUUCUAUCAUUGUUCUGAGUUACCCUCCCUUUUUGAUUUUAUGAAUUGCAACUAUGCCCGAAGCGAUCUCUAUGCCGCACAAGCGGGUUCUGGGUGAUGUCACGAACAGUGCCCGCGUUGGAUUGCAAUCUGCCGAAGCAAUCAAGAAACGAAAACUAGAAAUAAAUCAGCCGUCUUUUAGAAGUAGCCAGUCGAAAGCGUUUGGUUCGAGUCAGCCUCAAAAGAGUCAAUUUGAAGAACAGGUGCUGGAAAAACUCACACAAGAUAUAAAUGGGUUGAAAGAGAACAACUCGGAAAAGGACCAGCAAUGGGACCGGCCGCCGGUGGCCAAAUUCGAUGAGAAGACAGAGAAUAUAUGUUUUCAACAGAUUGAUGCGGAGGAAGGGACUGUGUCGGGAGGCCAGACCAGUGUCAAGCUUUUUGGCGUCACGGAGGCAGGAAAUUCUGUCUUAUUACAUGUGACUGGCUUCCAACAUUACCUGUACAUCGCAGCCCCUGUGAACUUCACCAAAGCCGACUGCGAGCCCUACAAAGCCUUCCUGGAAACGAAGCUCGGCCAGUUUCAACCCAUGAUUCAGUCAGUACAAAUAGUCAUGAGGGAAAAUUUCUACGGGUUUCAAGGGAACCAGAAAAGCUGGUAUUUGAAGAUAACGGUCAGGGAACCCAAGUCUAUCAGCAGGCUACGGAAUGCACUUGAAAGCGGUGGUUCGAGCCUAAACUACAAGGGCCUAUGGGGUAAUCCUGACAGUGGGAUUCUCACCUUCGAUAAUAUCCAGUACCUCCUGAGGUUUAUGAUCGAUACUGGCAUAUCCGGUAUGUCUUGGGUCGAGGCAAAAGCUGGGAAGUACCGUCUCCUCGAAGAACGAGAUAAACAAUCCCAUUGUCAAAUAGAAGCAAUUAUCGAUUAUCACGAUUUGAUUGCGCAUGAACCGCACGGAGAGUGGCUCAAAAUGGCCCCCCUUCGCAUACUAUCCUUUGACAUUGAAUGCGCUGGACGAAAGGGUAUCUUUCCAGAGCCUAAUCAGGACCCCGUUAUCCAGAUUGCGAACAUUGUCACUCGAUAUGGUGAAUCCAAGCCGUUCAUUCGAAACGUAUUUGUUUUAGAUACGUGUAGUUUGAUCGUCAACACGCAGAUCCUGGAAUUUGAUAAAGAGGAGAAGAUGCUCAUGGCAUGGAGAGAUUUUCUGGAGAAAGUGGACCCGGAUGUGAUCAUCGGUUAUAACAUUGCCAACUUCGAUUUCCCAUAUCUCCUGGAACGAGCUAAACAUCUCAAAUGCACUGGGUUUCCUUAUUGGACUAGGUUGAAGAAUGUGCAGUCACAGGCAAAAGAGGCGAACUUCUCGAGCAAGCAGAUGGGCAAUCGCGAAACUAAAGCUACAAAUACAGAUGGCAGAAUUCAGCUCGAUCUUCUUCAGCUAGUCCAGAGAGACCACCAUCUACGAAGUUAUACUCUGAAUUCAGUGUGUGCUGAAUUUUUAGGCGAACAGAAGGAAGACGUCCACCACACAAUGAUCACUGAGUUAUUUAAUGGAACACCAGACUCAAGGCGACGUCUGGCUGUCUACUGCCUGAAGGAUGCUUACCUACCACAGAGGCUUUUGGAUAAGCUUAUGUGCCUGGUCAACUACACCGAAAUGGCGCGAGUUACUGGCGUCCCCUUCAACUAUCUCCUUUCACGAGGCCAGCAGGUCAAGUUCAUUAGUCAGCUUUUUCGCAAAGCUCUGGAGCAACAGCUUGUCAUACCAAAUAUCAAGUCCCAGGAUGAACAAGAUUACGAAGGCGCUACAGUCAUCGAACCGGUCCGCGGUUACUAUGGUGUGCCAAUAGCCACACUUGAUUUUGCAUCUCUUUACCCCUCUAUCAUCAUGGCACACAACCUAUGCUAUACAACACUAUUAAAUAAAAAUAUCGUGGAUAAAAUGAAUAUGGUGAAGGACGAAGACUAUAUCGUCACACCGAAUGGCGAUAUGUUUUGUACAGCCAAAGUUCGCAAAGGCCUUCUGUCUCAGAUCCUUGAGGAACUCCUAGGCGCAAGAAAACGUGCGAAGAAAGACCUAGCUGUGGAAACGGAUCCAUUCAAGAAAGCAGUGCUGAAUGGAAGACAGCUUGCCCUAAAGAUUAGUGCGAACAGUGUGUACGGUCUGACCGGUGCGACAGUGGGGAAACUGCCCUGCUUAGCCAUCGCAAGUAGCACAACCAGCUACGGACGACAGAUGAUUGAGAAAACCAAGCACGAAGUUGAGACGAGAUACACCAUCGCAAAUGGUUAUUCUCAUGAUGCCAAGGUUAUAUACGGUGACACUGACUCAGUGAUGGUAAAAUUCGGAGUUACUGAGCUGGAGGAUGCUAUGAAACUUGGUGAGGAGGCAGCUGAAUAUGUCUCGUCCAAGUUUAUCAAGCCCAUCAAGCUCGAAUUCGAAAAAGUUUAUUUUCCAUAUCUGCUAAUUAACAAGAAGCGAUACGCGGGCUUAUAUUGGACGAACACAAAGAAGCACGACAAGAUGGAUAGCAAGGGCAUUGAAACAGUCCGCAGAGACAACUGUGUCCUCGUUCAGAAUGUCAUCGAAACCGUUUUGCACAAGAUUUUGAUUAACAGAGAUCUUGAUGCUGCCCAAAAUUACGUUAAGGAUAUAAUAUCGGAUCUUUUGCAAAACAAAAUCGACAUGUCAAAGCUUGUGAUUACAAAGGCGCUUUCGAAGAAUGAUUAUACCGCAAAGCAAGCGCAUGUAGAAUUAGCAGAACGCAUGCGAAAGCGUGAUGCUGGCUCAGCACCAACUCUUGGAGACCGUGUGGCAUACGUCAUGGUCAAGGGUGCUGGAGGUUCCAAGAACUAUGAGCGAUCAGAGGAUCCCAUCUAUGUUCUCGAGCACAACAUCCCAAUUGAUACAAAGUACUACUUGGAUAAUCAGCUUGCCAAUCCCCUCGGCCGUAUCUUUGAGCCUAUUCUCGGGGAGAAGAAAGCACGGCAACUGCUUACAGGCGAACACACUCGUUCUAUCUCGGUGGCAGCACCCACCUUAGGAGGGUUGAUGAAAUUUGCGAAGAAGACCCAGACCUGCAUGGGUUGCAAGAAACCACUUUCUGGGAAGGAUGAGAAGGCAGGAGCUGUCUGUGAAUACUGCCGCCCUCGAAUGGGCGAGCUUUACACCAAGACCCUGAAUAAAGUGUCGGACCUCGAAGUUCGGUUCGGACGCCUGUGGACGCAAUGCCAACGGUGCCAGGGCAGUCUACACUGUGAGGUUAUCUGCUCUUCCAGGGACUGCCCUAUUUUCUAUAUGCGAAUGAAAGCCAAGAAGGACGUGGAGGAUGCAGAGAAAGAACUGGCUCGUUUUGACUUCGAUCCUGGCGCAUGGUAGAUAUGACCGUGACAUGCUGUGUUGGAUGUAAUUUCUAUCUUGUAUUACCAUGCUUACGGCUUAUCCAUUGGCGCAUUUGGGUGUCGAGAAUGUUUUUGCCAAUUGAUCUGGAAGUACUGGGUUAUUGAGAGUAUUCUAUUUUGUAUUCUGGGUGUGAAUCAGGAAUCUUUCGCCUUUUUUUUAUAUUCAGAACAAGGAUUUCUAAACACUAUUACUUCUGCCAUGCCAACGCUCUGUUACACCCGGGCUCUGCUCAGCUCCUACCAAU